ACACAGCACAGAAAAAGAGACCCGAAGAAAAGAACAGAGCCAUCCCAAGAAGAAAAAGCAGAAAACUUUCAAACACAGACGGUUUCUUUUUUGCAUAAAUUUGAGAUGCAAACAAAACCCACCUGCUGAUCCUUCUUCAAACGCCUUCCCUCUCCCUUUCUCUCCUUCCUUUCUUUCAUUUCCCUGCUCUUUCAUGGCGGAUCUGUACGGAGCAGCUCCGUCUUCUACCGCUCCUCCAGAGCCCGAGGAAAUCUCCACAUUCAUCACCCAAUUCCUCAACACCUCCUCUUCUUCUUCUUCCGCCCACUGCAUGCCCUUCAAACCCAAAUACGUCCACUCUUUCUCUUCUCCGCCACCGCCGGCAGCCAAUCCCGGUCCCCUCUUAAUGGAAGAUCGCCGCUGGUUCGCUGGAUCGAUGGGUCUCCCCGAGUCGGAGUGCCGAGUUAGGGAGGGCAACUCUGGAGCUGUUGUUGACACGUCUUCCUCCGGUAUCAAUUUCUCCGAUCCUCAAGGGUACCUCGGAACCAAUGUGAAGGAGAGAACGGAGAAUACUUUCUCGUCUGUCGCUCACUUGAGCUGUGACACCGAGAAGGGGCCGGAUGUGUCGGAGUUGCCGGCAAAUCGAGUUCCGGCUAGAACUUCAUCUAAGAGGAGCAGAGCUGCAGAGGUUCAUAACUUGUCAGAAAAGAGGAGGAGGAGUAGGAUUAAUGAGAAAAUGAAGGCUUUACAGAACCUAAUCCCAAAUUCUAACAAGACGGAUAAGGCUUCAAUGCUGGAUGAGGCAAUUGAGUAUUUGAAACAACUCCAGCUUCAAGUGCAGAUGUUAUCGAUGAGAAAUGGGCUGAGUUUGUAUCCAGUGUGCUUACCCGGAGUUCUACAGCCUAUGCAACUGCCUCCUACAGGAAUGGGUUACCACGAUGAUGGUGGACUGUUGAAUUCUGCUCCAGGAGCAGGCACAAUAUCAGCCAAUGAAGAAAGCUCUGUGCAGACUGCGUAUAUUCUCCCCAGCCAAUGUGCUAGCUCAAGCCAGUCCAUCGCAAUACCUUCAGUGACAAACAUCAAUGCUUUGGAAACUUCAUUUGGAUUUGAACCGUCAAUUCAGGCGAACUAUGGACCAUUUAACCUCACCCCAACUUCUGAGGAAAUCUGCAAAGAGGGCAAACUAGAACUGCCAUUAGACGCAAAUCGUGCUGGGAACAGCUCAUCCGGUGUGUCUUAGCAAAACCGGGAACCCCACAAGACAGGAUGUGUAGAAUUGAGACCACCAUGUCUAACACCAUAGACAGUGCAAAUGAUAAUUGAAGCUGCUGAUAGUUGUCAUUUUGUGUUGUAAGUGAAACAAGUAGACAAUUUGGAUUUCAAGUUUCAAGCUGUUGAUAUCCCUUGACUUACAGGAAAAAAGAAAAAAAAAAAAAUAUUCCCAAGGUUUUUGGUGUUUUAUCCCAGCAAACUCCUCCAUUACUUCCCCUUCUUUUUCCUUAUAUUAUUCUUAUAUAAUUCUAUCCAUAAAUUUGUUAAUAAGUUUAUUCAUUUUGGAUUUGGAUGUUGGAAAA